AUGAAAAAGCCGAUAUCAACCACAAGAACGGUCUGUUUAAGUGCUUCUGGGUGCACAAUCGAUUUCCUCCCAUGGGAGCUGAGCCGGAGUAGUCUGCUGAUCUCACCUAUCCUCCAACUUCUACAUCGACAUCAGCUUGCGCAAAAUUUGCGUGUUGAGCUUUUCAACGGUGUUCCUGACUUCGAACUUCGCUUGGUUGCAGAGGCAAUCACAGCACCUUCUUCUCAGUGGCCAGACAACUACCAGCGACUUGAAUUCAUGGGUGAUUCACUCCUUAAAUUCUUCAUUUCCAACCAUUUCUUCCAUCAAUAUCCACUAUGGCAUGAAGGCUAUCUGUCAAGGCUAAGGGACCUGCUAGUCUCAAAUGAGAGACUCUCUAUUGCAGCGGUGCGGGUCCAGUUAGAUCGAUUCAUUUGCACGGACUUUAUCUCGCAAAAUCAUCCUGUUUUCAGCCCGGCAACGGAUAGUGUCAACGGUAAACGACUCUCGAGGAAGUGUUUUGCGGACAUUGUAGAAGCUCUCUUAGCAGCUGCCUACGAAGCGGGCGGCCUAUUAGUAUCUCGGAAGCUUCUCGGCAAGUUUUUACCGGAGAUUAGCAGCUACACGCUAAUAAGCCAACGACAACCGGCGCAAGGCGAACAAUUCUCGGCUCGGUUAGAAAUAAAAAUUGAGCAGCUACUUGGUUACAAGUUUAAAGAUCGAACUUUAAUCUGGGAGGCGCUUACACACCCCUCGUGGCAGAGAAACAAAAGUACCUCGUCUUAUCAACGUCUAGAGUUUUUAGGAGAUGCGAUCUUGGAUAUUAUCGUUACUAAAAAGCUUUAUGACCGGCGGCCUAAGCUUACAGAAGGCCGAAUGACACAAAUUCGGGCCGCAUUAGUUAACGCGGAUUUCUUAUCCUUCCUCUGCAUGCAGGAGUUCAUACUCAACGGGCCACAUUGCCGCGAGCAAACAGCGCUAGAAGAGCUAAGCAUAUUCAAUAGACCCAAAAGUCACGCGCUGUGGAUGUUUAUGCGGCACGAUUCCCAAGAUAUACUCACAGCUCAAAAAUCCUGUAAUAAACGGUAUCAAAUCUUCGGCGACAAGAUUAAAGAAGACCUAGGGAGUGGCCGUUCAUACCCCUGGGCUGAGCUUUCUCGGUUGGAAGCAUCCAAAUUUUAUUCAGACCUCAUCGAGAGCAUUGUCGGAGCCAUCUUCAUCGACAGCAGAUGCUCUCUGGAUGCUUGUGGUGCCUUUCUAGAACGCAUGAAUUUAACCUUGUACCUUGAGCGCUUCCAUGAACAAGAUGUGCUCUUGGAGCAUCCCGUCAGUGCCUUCAAACGUAAAUUCGGCGCUUGCAAGGCAGAUUUGCGGGUCAGUGAGGCAAAAGAUGGGCUGUAUACUGCAUCUAUCUGGCUGGAGAGUGAGAUAGUGGCAACCGUCGAUGACUGUGUAUCAAGAAACCAAGCAUUCGUUCGUGGAGCUGAUGCCGCACUUGCAUUGCUUUCCACUGAUCUGUUGCCAGAAUAG